AUGACAUCCCUACUGAAAAACCAAAUCCUGAAGCAUUUGUCUAGGUUCACCAAAAACCUAUCCCCUGACAAGAUCAGCUUGAGUGCUCUACGAGGGGAGGGAGAAUUAGCCAAUCUGGAACUUGAUGAGACGGUGCUGAUGGACAUCUUGGAACUUCCUACAUGGCUGAGACUAUCAAAGGCCAUAUGCAACAGAGUAGGAAUAAAGAUUCAAUGGACAAAAUUAAAAACUCAACCUAUCUGCUUGUACCUGGAUGAAGUCGUUCUGGAAGUAGAAACUUGUGAGAACCCACGGCCUCCAAAUAACCCGCAGGUGGCAAGCUUAAGGCCUGGCAAAUAUGGUUUUGUGGAACGAGUAAUUGAUGGCAUUUAUGUACACAUAAAUUCUGUUCAGGUGUUCUUCCUCUCGAAAACAUUCCAGGCAUGCUUGCAGAUGUCCCGAGUAAAAGUUCACAGUGUAUCCCCAACGUGGCAUGCAACCACUGAUCUUCGGCUGACUCGUAUCAAGGAUGUUUCUCGGGGCGAAGUUCUUAUUUUUAAAGAGGUAGACUGGCAGGCAACCCGAAUUGAGGCACAGGCUGUUGACCCACAUGCGAAAGGUGUCAUCACCCAGACUCCAAUUCGACUCAUUGCGAAUCAGGCUAAGUUGCGGAUUGCUGUCAAAAAGAACAUAAAUGAUUGCAGCAUUGUGUCAUCACGUGUCAUCUUGUUGCUAGAUGAUCUCCUGUGGGUGCUUACAGAGACACAACUGAAAGCUGCCUUGCUCUAUGCCACGUCUCUGCAGGAAGUCAUCGAGAAAUCCACACAUCAGAGCAAACAACUUGCAGCAGAGAAGUUAAAGAAACAAGGUCACAUUGUAUCGGAUCAACUGAAAAGACUACAACAGAUGAAACAAAACAAGGCAAUACCGACAUCCAAAGUGUCUCGGGUGUUUACCAAAUUUGAUGUUUUAUCCACAUCUUACCAUCUCAUCACCAGUCGUAUCGACUUGCACCUUUGUGAUGACAUGCAACCUCGGAAAGAUUCUAGUCCUACUCACAAUUCCCGUAUUGAAGGAGGUGCCAUGCAGAUCACGCUGAAUAAACUCUCAUUGGACUUUUAUCCUUUCAACCCUGCAGGUGGUGAACGAAAACAGUGGUACAGAUACAGUGACCAGGUAGGUUCCCGUAACCACUGGGUUGGUCAGUUGUUUGCUGGUCACAAGGAAGAAGUGCGCAGGGCAAAGGUAGCCUAUGGUUUGCUCUCUCCAUCACAAUCACCCACUCAUAUUUCAGAACAAGCAGCCAAUUCAUCAUCAUCAUCAACUUGCUCAUCAUCAUCUUUAUCAUCAACAUCAGGGGCCACUAGUAAAUUACAGACAUCCCCAACAGUAUCAAAUAUAGGUGACAAAAGUCCUGGGUUUAACUCCAGUUCAACAAUGCCCUCCCAGGGACGACCACCCACCUCUGGGAGUGGAUCCAGCAGCGGCGCGGGUGGCCGAACCACAUCACGUCUCUUGGAAAGUUGUAUAGUGCUGGAAAUUGAGGAAUUUACAAUUUACUGCAUCUCCACUGCGGAUCAGAAGAGAAACAAUCCACACAAGUUCUUUUCCUCCGAGAAGAAGGUAUUGCAUUUGCCUCAUGAUAUGCCAAUUAUUCACUUGGAGUACACGGAAUACUACUUCCCAGAGGGAAUCGACUUUCCAGUACCCCAUGCUAAUCUGUAUGCCCUGGUGAACCCUGUACAGCUGCGAAUUGACUACCUCACACUUCUUUGGGUCAACUAUUUCUUGUUACAAUUAUCCAAAAAUUUGAAAGAAGGUGCUGAUGGCCCCAGAGAACAUGUGGACAUCAAAUUUGAAGCUUUAAUGCCAAAGAUACUCAUCCAUGCUGAGAGUGGCUCACAUCAUCACUCAUCAGAGCGUCCAGAUACAUUACUGAUCCAGAUGUCAAAGAUUUCAGCCACCAACAAUCGAGCUGAACCUCAUGCAUCCAGGGACAAGUUACUCUCUGUUCUGAAUGAGCAGAGUAAAAGCCAUUUGUACAAGUCAUCAGAAUUCCCGAUGGAUGACAAUGUGAAAGCUGUGUGUCCCCAGCAGGUGUGUGCCCAUGCAUUGAGCAAGGACUCUAUUGAUGCAUACAUUGAUCCGGAAAUCAAGAGGAUCCUGACUAACUACAAGUCCCAUUUGCCACAGACUGACUACAUUCCAGCUUUUCCCAUCGGGUCCAGUGGAGAGAGGCUGAAGCUGAGGACAAACAGCCUCAAACUGGAUUCUGCCUACGAUGUGUGGAACAUGGAUAUUGACCAAAUCUGGAUGGAUUUUACCACUCGCAGAUCUCGCCCAGUUCCAUUUGUAGAGUCUUUUCCAGUGACGCUAUGGUUUUGGCGGACACUUCCAUCAUGCAGAAACAAAGCAAGUACAGGAACCCAAAAAGAUGUCAUUAAGAAUGGUGAUGUCACCAGAGAGAGAUCAUCUUCACAAGAAAGCAGCAGCUCCGAUCAUGGUAAAAAAAUUGAUGAUGACUUUUCCCUUUCAUCACCGCAUUCAUCCACAUUAUCUUCCAAGUUGCAUGAUCGGAGUGAAUCUCCCCCAGUUGUGGACUCCCACUCUAGAUCAUCAAGUUGUGAUAGGGGCCCGUCAUCAAGUGGCCCUACACAAUCGUCUGCACCUCGCUGUGUUCUCAGUGGCAAACGAGACCAUAUGGACAUUUAUGCAGUUGCCUGUGUACGGACUAAAGUGCAGGUUUUGUUGACACACUAUCAGUACCUGUUUAUUCUGAGGCUUUUGGAAUCCCUGUCAACUUUUCAAAAGCAGCUGAGUGCAGAUACAGAGUAUUUCUCUGGAAAUUCGAUCUCUUCGACUGUGUCUCUGACAUCGAUUGUGCAUGAUGUGGAAGUAGCUAUGGUCUUUCAGAAACCUUCAGACUCAAACAAUCACAGUGGAAAUGUAACAGGGGGACUUAGUGGGACAAUCAAGGGAAGCAUUGCAGAAUUGCCUACAAUAGACAAAGAUUCGGCUAUGGAAGGUUGGAACAAUGCUGAAAGUGACAAUUAUGAUGACUCUGUUGGUUUGAUUUCAAAGUCCUACAGUGAUUCUCGGCUGAAUUUGUCCAAACAGGAAAUCAUGAAUGGAGAGCUUCAAAUUCAGUCAGCCCAAAUGGAAACCAUUCACACCUCUGACCUUUCUCUGGAAAGUAAUAAUCAAAUGGGUGUGACCCUCAACUGCACCGAUAUUUCCUCAUCCACCCAGUCUCUGAGCCACAGUAUUGCAUACAGUGCUGCUUCGGAUACUGUCUAUUCAACAAGUUCUGGUGUCAGCUCUGAUACAAAAUCAGUUGGAGGCUACCUUGGCCUGAGAAAAGGUAGUAUUAAAAUGGAAAAGAAAAAAACACUCUCUUCUGCUUGGUCCAACUUCACUGACAAACUAAGGUCAAUGGGAGAACUGAAUGAUGAUUCCCUUUUUGGCUCUGAAGACUCAGAACCUGGCCAAACUGAUUAUUCUUCUGAUGAUGAAUCAUUUGAACAUCUCUCAUUAGAAGAUGCUGAAGAAACACCUGCAUUUGAACGCAAACGCAAUCUGGAUCCACAGGGAUCAUUUGAUAGCAUGAGUCAUGAUAGCAGCUCAGAGACUUUAUCCACAGCCCGCGAGAAAUUGCAGAUUCAUGUCACUGUCUUUCAUCUGAGCGAGUUGGAGGUGCUUGCCCAAAGUUUUGGAGUUGGUUCUGUAUUGCGUGCACAACUCAACAACAUUGAUGUCAUUGAAUUAUCAGGAUUCACAUGGGAGGGCUUCCAUCGCAAGUUUACAUCAUCACAAGGUAUCCAGUAUGAAUCAGUAUCAAUGUCUGACAAGCCGUUUCCUGUCAAACUGAAGUACAUGAUUGGAUCUGGUUUGCCUGCAUUGAAAUAUGAUGUCAUAGCCCAGGAGCGAGGUUUCCUGCAUGUCAACCUGGCCGACAUGAGGUUGACAUUCCAAAUGUCAACUCUGAUCAACCUGGCCGAUCUGUUGGAAGAUGAAUUGCCACCUGUUUUCAUGCCACUCUAUAUCAACAUUGAAGACCUGACCCUCACCUUGCAGGAGGAUCGUCCAUCAAGCAGCAGCCCAAUGACUCCUCCUCCAACUGUUUUAUCUUUACAUCAAUCAAUUGUUGAUCGAGGAGCUGAUGGAGUCUUUCAUGUUAGAGGUGCCAAUAAGAUUCCUGUAAAAAUUGGGGCGAAUGAAGAUAAAACAGACAAAGUGGAAGAGAAAACUCCUGCUGCUUCUCACUCUGCUGCAAUUUCAAACAGCAAUCGUAUUAUUGAACAAUUAUGGAGGCGAAAUAUAGAACUUGAGAAGAACAUGGAAGAAACGAAGAAUGAAGCCUCACAAAAGUUGGAACAACUCCGGGCCGAGUUGGUUUGUUUGCAGACUGAAAACGAACAACUUAAGCAUGUGUCGGAAAAAUAUUUCUCUCUGUCUGAUCGUGUGGAACAUGUUGAGUCAAUCGAACGUGAGAAUCUUAAGUUACUUGAGAGGAUUUCAUAUUUGGAAGAAGAGGUGCAAACUUCAAAUAAAGAGAAAGACUCGUUGCUGGCUACAAUGCAUUUAUUACAAGAGGAGUUGUUAGUUUCCGAACAACAACGGUCAGUAAUCCAGCAACAAAUGCCAAGCCCCAAUCAAUAG